AUGAGGGCGCCCGGGCCGGAUAUAUGCAGCGGUCGUGGCGAUCAUGACGCCGGUUCUGUCGAUCUGGCCCUUUGCACUGAUGCUUCCUCUGAAACUCGCAAGACCGCAGAUUCUCCUUCCGAUUCCGCCCUCCGGUUCAGAACUCUCGUGGAGGUUGUAGACGAUGAAGGGUUGCUUCUCUGGAGCCUCCGCCAAGAGGGUCUCUGCUUGACGGGAAUCGAGCCCGUAGCAACUCCACCUUCUAUUGAGUCAGAUCUGUCUCUUUCGUCGUCUUUUCUAUCAUAUGGACCUCUUGGCCGUCCUUCGACUGAUAACAGACUUGAUGUGUCUCGCAGGAUGCCGACGGAAGAGAUUGCCAUCGCGCGUCCUAGCCUAGCGUGUAUGUCAGCAACCAGCGGCAUUCUCCCUACGGCUGGGCUGGGGUCUGCCUCCACUGGCGAACAUUCGGAUGCCCCAACACAGGAAGAACGUGACAGUGUUGAGGACCCGGAAUGGCUUACGUCUCCGCAGAUGUCUGGGAUCGGAGCCUCAGAGUUGUGUGAUGCACCCAGAACGUGGCAAUCUCCCGAGAGAGAAAGGAAGAUAGUAACUUCUACUGGUGGACUUUCGGAAGAGCCUGGAGACUCGCAUAGAGACAAAGAAGCUUACGCACAUGGUCCCGGCGGUAGCAUUGAACAUGAAGACGAUUCCUCUGCCGAUGAAUUCGUCGUCGUCAUGUCCAGUACCGGAGACAGGAGCGAUGAUGAGUUUGAGGAGCUGUUUCUUGACCAGGAAGAAGACAGCGACGCGUUAGAAGUUGUCCCAAGAGAUAAUGAUGGUGUGCUUCUCGGUACAGAAUCUCCAGACCAAGGAGCGUUCAGUGAAGAAGAGGAGGGAGUCGAUCCAGACUACCUCGAUGAAGGAAUUCCUGUUUCAGACUCCCGGGUGCCGCAGCGCCCCUUGCUUAUCGCCGAGUCAGAACCGCAGCCGGCUGCCGGGGGACUGAGAACAACUAACGUCCAGCAAUCUCAUUCCUCCGCACAAGUUACUGCUCGUUCUGACGCAGGAAUGCCUCUGCAAAGUGGUUGCUCAUCUUUGCCUGCAGCUGGCAACGUGUCUGCAUUUCUCGUACCCUGUGCGGACGCUCCGCUGACCCAUGUAACUUCCCAAAGCACGGAGCCAACGUCUAUAGCCGCCAAAGGGCAGCUGACGGAAGACGAAAACAGCGCGGAGAAGAAUUUGGGGUCUGCACCGGUGCCAUGCUCUUCUUCACCCUCCAGUCUUCCUGAUUUUUCUUUCCCCCCACCGUCUGGAGUGUCGCGCGCUGUCCUUGAAGACGGAGAUAUGACAGAGACUGAGAGUGACGAGCGCGAAGGAAGCACUCGGCUGUGCGUGAAAGUAUGUGAUCCUUCAUUCUUAUCCGCUGAAGGACAGGGACAGAUACAUAACCAAGGCAUGUAUGAAUUCGACAGCGUUCCUGCUGUCGAAUCAGAGACCUGCACGUGUUCCGGUAUUGCACGCUCUCCCUUUGAGACCGUGACCAUAGAGGAAAGGACGCCUCUUCUCGCGAACGAGCGAUGUAUGCCGAGGGCGCUGCGUGAGUAUAUGCCGGAUACUCCCUGUUUUUCGGUGUCGCGCUCUACUGGCGACAGAGAGUGCUGUGGUGCUGUGGAGGCAGACGGUCUCUCCACCGUACGGGAUGCCUUCGAAUCUGCACCAGAAUAUUUUGCAGUGCCGACCGCCACUCCCGAAGAUGAAUCAGGCGGCGCAGCGUUGCACUCCGACAAUGGCAACCCGGUCCAGCAAGGAACUGAACGUGAAAACUCUCCGCCACCGCCGAGCGUGCGAAAGAGAAAAACACAAACGGACAACAACUGUGGGUGGUCAGAUUGCACACUGCGUUCUCCACGGACAAAUCAGGACGAUUUCUGCGAAAAAGCGAGAGCACACGAGGAAGAAGCAGGCAACGGCCGAACUAGGUUCUGUGCGCGACAAUGUGCAAUGGAGGUGGGGGGAACGGGGACACUGGAAAGUGAGGGAGAGGUCGCAGGGUCCUCCGGCAGAAUCUUAAAGAGGAGUUCGCACCAGGGUUCUGAAGCAGAAAUACGCGAACAAGAUAGGGACCGCUUGGAGGAUGCAGACGGUGUCGAGCAGAUACACGCAGGAGCGCGCGAAACACGACCCGCUGGGGAGGCAAAAGGACAGGACGCGGUAAACACGGACGAAUGUGUGACUCUGGCUGCAGCAGAGUUCAGGGUACCUGACGGAGCCGGGAAUAGUGCGCAACACAAAAAUGAAGCAAAACUGGGAGCGAGAAGGCAGAAGACGAGAAAGGCGGGACAAGGUAAGAAUCAGCAGCUCGGUCACAAGCAAGGCGAACAGCUCGAACGGAACGAUGGAAGCCGCGUGGCGCAGACACUAGGAGAGACUGACGCAGACACUCCGGCCUACGCUUUUGAGAUGAUCUGUAAGCCACACCAUGCCGCUUACACCAUGGAGACGCAACAAGUGUUGCCCGCCCCUAGCUAUCAAGGCCACCAGCAGGAGGAAGCGAAUGAAGUUUUAGUGCCCGAAGACGCAGAGGGCGAGCCUGAAUGUUGUCUUGAGAAACCGAGCCAGAGUAGCAUGGAACAGAACGACGGCAAGGAUAUCCAGCUCUCUUUUGAGGGUGGGGACGACCGCUGCUCACAACAACUGAAGCGCAUGACCACACCGCCGCCAACGACGCCAUCGAAAGGGAAGCUCUACGUGCUCACAGAGGAAUCGGCAACGCAAGCGUGCGCUGGUGAUGGAAUCGAGAGGCAGGCCCCGAGCGGGGAACCAGACGAAACUGUGGUGAGCGACGGUGUCCUCGACGCCGCAGACGACGCGGACAAUGCCGAGAAAGACCGUGAGAAAACAGAAGAGCAGCACGGAGAAGACGGGCGUCAGAAUCUGGACAACAAAGGUUGGGGCGCACAGGUGAAUGCACACGAGAAAAGCAACAUCAUUGCAAAGCACGAAUACAAGGAAGAAAAUAACAAUCACAGAAGUACGCCAACCGGGCAAGGAAGCAAAGCACCAGCGGACAAAGGACCAUUGAGAACAGAAGACGAAUGCGUUGUCCAGGAGAUCGGCGGCACGGAGAUUCGCCCUGCUUUCUCGUCCUCGGCCGUCUCGCCUACGAAUUCUGACUCAGUACCUCUCCUCAAAGGGGGUUUGAUAGACUGCGGAUGGAAACAGCGAGAUGACAGAGAAGCAGAAGAAAAUGAAGGGCGCUCCAGGAAGGAAGGCCAAGACUUUCCUCUCCGAGAGAAAAAGCAGGCCUUGCCGUCUCCUUGGCAGGAGAUGCCCGAGCCACAAUUCCUGAAAAGCGGAAGGAGGAAGAAUCGGCGGCAAUGGAGGAUGCUGGUUGCAUCUACGCAAAACGACUUGGGAGGCAACGACAGCAGACAAGAAAAUGACGACCACCUAAACGAGAAAAGAGAGACAUAUGAGAAAGCCGAUGCAGCGACUGUCCAGACGCAGCAUGGGGAGAACGAUAAUGCGAGCUUCUGCGCGGAUGGGAGAGACCCGCGGGCCUCUACAGAUGUAGAGAAAGAGAUGCAUUCUCUGUCUGUUCUGCCUUCCGCGGCCACCCGAGACUCUCGCAGUGCCCCGUGUGCCGCUGAACGUCGAGACAGGAGCGUCCGCAGUCAAUGUGCGCGCGUGGCUCCAGAGGGAAGAUUUGCCACAGCAGUUCACAGCGGAGGCUCCUGGGGCGAGGAGACAGCACGGAGCGAGCAGGCAACGUUCGCCAGCUGCCCGCAACAGAACGCGAAGAACGACGCUUUUGGAUAUUGGAAGGGGAACUCGCGUAGCGCCGACAGAGACCAAGAAUGUCAGAAAGCAACCACCUACAUUGCUGACAUCAGGAAAGACGAAGGGACGGACGACAGACUACGGAGUGACGCCACACGUGGAACAACAGGAACAGUCGAGCGAGGAAAGGAGCGGCGCUGCGACGCUUCAGCCAUCACCAAGCAUGCCGAUGGUCUUACGUUUGACCGCGUAGGCUCCGAGAAGGAAGAAAGCGGGGAUGGAACAAUUCUCUCUUUCCACGUGAACACUAAUGAAACGAUAAAUGGGGGGAUGUCUACGGAGCCGGGAGAUAGUCAGAAGGAAAACGCGAAAAGCACAGGGUGCUGGGCGCGUUGGACAGAGAAAGACGACGACGAGUGGUGGCAACAAGAUGAUAAUAUGGAAGAGAUAGUAGAUGGUGAGAAGGCAACGGAGGCGCAUGCGUUUCUCGAGAGGCUCUUUCCCGACGGUAACACUAACGAGGAGAUGGAUGCCCAAGCCACCAACAAAGAACGCAGCCCCCUAUUCUUUGAUCGAGCUUCUGUCCCGCCGUUCUCGAUAGAGCACACGAGCGGGGAAGCCGAACAACGAGGCGGAAAGGAAGCGGCUCACCAUCGGGGACCAGUGCGUCAGGAAAGUACCCCUGUUUCUCACGACAGAGAGCCGUAUGCUGGUGAAACGAAUCGUCCGCUCUUACGUGAAACAGACCUGGACGUCGAGAAACUCUGCAGGAGCCGACAGAUCUUGGCUGAUGAAUGUCGUGCUGAGCAACAGGGGACGCCAUCAAAUGGUGAAGGAGCAGGAGACGCUGUGUCUUUGAUUUCGCAUGAUCUCGCACAAGCGUCAGUUGCUCCGCCCGCAUGUUCCCGUUUGCGUGACUUCAAUGGCAAACGUCCCGAUCGGCAUGAGAAAGCCCGGAUUGCAGCGGAUAAAACACUGUGCGAUUUUAAACGAACCGCGCCUUCGGGUCGGAAUGUGAGCAGCUGGAGGCAUUCCGCUGAAACUUCCACUUCUUCCACGAAGAAGGGGGGCUGCUGGAGGAGUUCAGUUUCACAAGGCCUGACUCCACAGAUGACUGCGUCACUCCCGCUUGACAAAGGUGACAAGCAACUCCAUCGUGCCAGCGCCAAAAAGGACUGGAGAGACGAGGAGAUGAGCAUGUGGAGAUGGGGGAGGGAAGAAAACAUGUUUGAACAGAAGCGGCAGGACGACACGCGAGCGCGCGGCGCUGCUGCGGUGCUCAUGGCAGAUCCUGACGAAGAGAAAAAGGACGAAAUACGACAUGAUUCAGCCCGAGAUGCUUCUCCUCCUUGCCGUCCGCCGCCGAAUGGCGAGACCUUGCCUGCUGCCGACCUGCAGGAGGCUGUCAGCGAACAAGGAGGUAACGCCAUUGAAGACGGAGCAACGACGGCACCACCUGGCAGUGAGAGAAGCAUGGAGGACCCACUAGAUAACGAGCGGUUGACCGAUGAUAGAGCGAAUGCCGCCAACGUCUGGGAGCGAGAGGAAAGCUUAUGUCUGGCAAGCGUCGCGAGCGAGCGGGCAGAAAAAAGUGAGUCCGGCGCAGACGCCCCAAUUCAUACGGAAGAAGGCGCACAGAACACUGCUCAGGAAGAACGCGGGGAUGACGUCCCAACUACGCAGGUUUUUCCGCCGGCCGACAGAAAGAGAAGUGAAGAAAUAUCGCGGGAGAGUCAGAAAGAGUCUGUGGCAGGCCAAGUGUUGUGUGUGGAUGCCGGUACCCCGGCGACCAAGAUCGAAGCCGCUUCAUAUGAGCGAGAUAGGCAGGACGAAGAGGGGCGACACGAGGUUAACUCAGGCCUCGUCGCUCCGGAGAAAAGAGAGAUUCAGCCUCCAGAAAGCCAACGCCACCCACAGGACACUCACCACGAAUGCCCAAGCUUAGCCCCCGUCCGAAAGCGCAAGGCGCACCUGAAGAGGAAGAAAACUGCGUCAGGCAACCCUGCAAACGCCUCGUCCCGCGGGUGCUUGGUUGAAGUGGAGAGACCGGAGAUCCGCGACGGCACACCAGGCAGUGCCACAAAUAACGAACGGGCGGACAACGGAAGCCCCCUCGGAGUGACGGAAGGCCCGGCAGGGCACGAACCCGCAGAGGAGCCACAAGAUCGGCAAGUUGCUGAAGAAAACGGGGACCAGACUCCUAAGGCAAACUCGCAUGAACAUGAGACCAGCCCUUCAAAGGACGCCGGAAACGAUGGAAGGCCGGUUGCGACUGCCCGGACGGCUUCCGUAGGCGGCGCAAGGGGGGACGAAGGGGAAGUGAGCCGGACCCCCUGCACGAGAGAAAACCCGGAAGAUGAACUGACGGAAGAGCAAAAGGAGGAAUACGAAACCUUGCGCAGGGGGUGUGGACAGGAGGAAGAUGAACCGAAGCGGAAAGGAACGUCCAACAUCGAGGAGGCACGUCAGGGAAAAGGCCUGGCCGCAAUGGCGGACGCGUCACAACAGCGGCUUGACAACGAGCCCAAAAAAGAAACGCGGCGACGAGCCGAGCGCAGACGCCAGCAGCAGGAGAGGCGACGACAGCGGGUGCAAUUCCAGCUGCAAGGGGAGCGAACGCCAGGGCAGAAUGACGACGAGGAAUCGAUGAAGGCAGCGGAGGAGGAAAAACAAACACAGCUGCAGGAACGCAUGCACCUUGCGGAAGCAGAGCCGCAGCCGACGAUGGACGAAUCAGAGGAAGGCAAGGUGCCGCAGGAACACGAGGGACUCCGGGAUGAUCAGAGCUCGUCCGAUAUGCCAAAGGCCGCAAGAGACCGAGCCGGAUCACAGAAUGCAGCGUGUGCUUCCUCAGUCCCUAUGCCUUCCCUCUCACCGUCUUCCUCUUCAUCGUCUCAGUCGCCUCACUCCCAGCCGCCAACCGCCCGCAAGUCCUCAUCCUUCUCUGGCGGACGACAGGCAAAGAAGCACAGUCGUGCGACCAAACGGGCUUCUCCACGGGAAAGCCCUCAGCCUUCCUCUUCUUUGUGCGCGCCCUUUGUUUCUUGGCUGCUAGUUGAGGCCCUGCAGCGCGUGCGAGGCAGGCGACAUCAGGCCGCAGGAGAGCGACAGAUCGAGAACGAGAGGACAGGCGAAAUUGACAGGAGAUUGAGGCAUCCAUCAAAAUGGUCUGUAUGGGCCGUCCUGCUCUUGCUGUGGACGUGGUGGAGCCCAGGUUCGACGACGCAAUAG